AUGAAAGACUUACGUGAUGCAUUUGAUCUAUUUGAUCGAGAUAGAAGUGGAACUAUAUCAUUAUCAGAAUUAAAGCAAGUAUUAGUUGCUUUAAAUUUCAAUCCCACAGAUAGUUUAGUCCGAAAAGUAAUGAAAGAAAUGGAUAUAGAUGGAAAUGGUUCAGUUGAAUUUGAUGAAUUUGUUAAAGUUAUGAAAAAUGUUUACGAACGAAAAUUUACCGAUGAUGAAAUGCGACGAGCAUUUAAAUGUUUUGAUAUGGAUAAUUCAGGUUAUAUUACUGCAACUGAAUUACAUGAAGUUUUAAGACGAUUAAAUCGUGAUGUUAGUGAACGUCGGAUUAAUGAAGUUUUAGGUGAAGUUGAUACGGAUCAUGAUGGUAAAAUAAGUUAUGAAGAAUUUGUACGUAUCAUACAACAAACAUAG